AUGUAUUCUGAAAAUGCAUGUUCACCUAAUAACAAUCUCCCACCAGCGUUUUAUGAUGAAAUCCUUUUAGGUCUAAACCCCGAUCAAGUUCAACCUAUGAAAGAUGUGUUUUCAUCCUUCAUUACAAAUAAUAUAGAUUAUCAGCAGGCAAAGCUCCAAUCAUUAAAUCUAACUGGAACAAGUGAGCCAGUUGAUAAAUUACUUUCAUUUAUAGAUGUUCCAGAUGAGCCAGCCUCAAGUCCAACUUGUGACUUCUGUCCAUCUAAUCAGAAAAAAUCCAAAGCUUGGACAUCCUAUGAAGAUCGUAGACUUGUCGCUGCAAUGCAUAAAUAUGGCCCCAGUGAUUGGACCAAAAUCUCUGAGUUUGUUGGCAAUGGCAGAAAUCGUAACCAAUGCAGCCAAAGAUGGCUUAGAUCCCUUAAUCCUAUAAUCAACAAAAGUCAAUGGUCUAUGGAUGAAGAUAUCAAGCUCAUUAAUGCUGUCAAUCGUUACGGCGACCGCUCUUGGACAAAGGUUGCAGCUGAGAUUCCAGGCAGAACAGAUGUUCAAUGCAGAUAUAGAUAUCAGAUCAUAGGUAAAAAGUAUCCUAGAGCAUUGGGUAUUGAACAGAGCCAGUUUUUCAGUCAGUGUUAUCAUCUUCCAACAUAUGAAAAUCAUGUAGCAUAUAACACAAGCCCAGCUCCAAAAGUUAUUGAAGUGAAGAAAGAAACACCAAUAGUUGCAAUUCAGAAGGAACCAGCUGUUGAUAUUGCAGAUCUUUGGUCUUCAAUUCACUUGUUUGACAUGAUCAAAGAAUUGGAGACUGACCCAACAUCCUUCUUUAAUAACUAA